AUGGGCGAAUAUGGCACACUGGACACAAACACCAUCACCAGCAGUAGCAGUGCGUCCUCACUUACGUCAAUUCUGAUGCCGAUGCCAAUGUCGAUGGCAGCAGCCCCACCCACCUCCGCAGCAAUGUCGGUAACCGCUACCGGUAAACCGACUCCAUCUUGUUCCUCCUCCACGGCGGCCCCCACCGGCGGUGUACCGUCCGUCGCGAUGGUACUGGCGGCCGCAGCAGCAGCAGCAGCAAACACCACUACAACGAACCAAAUGCCGUGCAAUCACGUCCAAACCUCAGCGUCUUCGUCGUCGGUGGAAUCCGACAGCUACCAUUUUUAUCACAAAUCCACUGCCGGUGGAAACGGUGGAAGUAACGGUCUGCCCGGGGUCGGCGGUGGCACCGCCGGCGCCAGUUCCGCCGGUGGCCAUCAUCACAAUGGUGCGGGCAAGGGCAGUGGGAGGGGUGGCGCGGGCCACGAAUCUACGUCAUCGGCUGGCGGUGGUGGGGGUAUGCCACGACCGUCCGUGGUAGCUGGUGGUGGCACCGGUAGCAACACCGGCGGUAGUUCGAGCGGCAGCGGACGAGUUAAGUGCAAGGAUCCGAUACGUGUCGGUUUCUAUGAAAUCGAGAAAACGAUUGGCAAGGGUAACUUUGCCGUGGUGAAACUGGCACGCCAUCGAAUUACCAAAAACGAGGUAGCAAUUAAAAUUAUUGACAAAUCCCAGCUCGAUCCGGGCAACCUGCAGAAGGUGUAUCGCGAGGUUGAGAUUAUGAAACGCUUAGACCACCCGCACGUCAUUAAAUUGUACCAGGUUAUGGAAACGCAGAGCAUGAUUUACAUAGUCUCGGAGUAUGCUAGUCAGGGGGAAAUUUUUGAUUACAUCGCAAAGUAUGGACGACUUAAUGAACGUGCAGCUAGAAAUAAGUUUUGGCAGAUCUUAUCCGCCGUAGAAUAUUGUCACAAUAAGGGAAUAGUACACAGAGAUCUUAAGGCUGAGAAUCUACUGCUAGAUUCUAAGAUGGACAUCAAAAUAGCGGACUUUGGGUUUUCCAACUUUUACAAAAAGGGAGAACUGCUUGCCACGUGGUGCGGUUCCCCGCCGUAUGCUGCCCCGGAGGUGUUCGAGGGUAAGCGCUACACCGGGCCGGAAAUUGACAUAUGGUCACUGGGAGUGGUGCUGUACGUGCUGGUAUGCGGAGCAUUGCCUUUCGACGGUUCAACGCUACAGUCGCUCCGUGAUCGUGUACUGUCUGGCCGUUUUCGGAUCCCGUUUUUCAUGAGCUCUGACUGUGAAUCCCUCAUCCGGAAGAUGCUCGUACUGGACCCGUCCCGGCGUUUCUCAAUCGACCAAAUCAAGCGACACCGUUGGAUGAUGGUGGAGCUUAUCGACACGCCGAAGAUUAGCAGUAUCGUCAUCAAUGGUAAUGUCAGCGAAGUGAGUGCACUGGAGACGGAACCGAACGAACAGAUACUGAAGAUCAUGCAGAACUUGGGAAUCGAUAUUCUCAAGACGCGGGAGAGCCUCAAGCUUCACAGCUACGAUCACUACACGGCAUUCUAUCUGCUGCUGCUGGAAAGACUGAAGAGCCGCACGAUGUCGCACGAGAGUGGGAACGCCGUCGCUGGUUGUGUUGGUGGCGGGAAAUCGGCCAUACAUGAAACGCAACGCCGCCGUCCCAGUAACGUUGCCGAACAGGCAAUGCGAAAACUUGCGAUCAGUACGCAACACAAGGCUGACCAAUCCGGUUCCUCGCCGAAACAUCAGCAACAAAUCUCACCCGCUAUAUCGUCCGGCAUGAGCAAUCAGAGUUCGGAAACGCUGCACGGGUUGCUUAGCGCCCAGGUGGGCUCGGGCGUAACCGGUGCGCUACCGACGAUGGCGCCCGGCGUUAUAAUGCUGCGUGAUACGAGCAUCCGCGAGCAGCAACCGGUGCUGAAGGAUAGCUCCUACUUUCGCGGUGUCUCGUACACAUCCAGCUCGGGGUUUACGGAUGCGUCGCUGUACCAGCUGGCAUCGUUACGGGAGCGCGACUGCAGCUCCACAUAUCUUACCGGGUCCGGUGCGGUGGGGUUGUUACCGUCGUCCCUAUCGUCGAACGUAGCGGCAACGCUGGCGGCGUCGGCCACAUCCCGGGAGAGCAGCUCAAUAGUGCUGCGCGAGUCGGGCAUCCUAUCCAACCGCAUCUCCUCGACGCGGCUGCUGUCGAGCAACAUCGAUAAGCGGAUUCUGCAGCAAAGUACGGAGGAUUGUCGCCGGUUGCUGCAGCAGGCUCGUCCCGUGUCGAUGGGUGAAUCGAAUCGGUAUACGAAACCACCGUCCCAUUCGCCGGUAAACAACGAUCUCCACCAAGCGUCUCAACCGCAGCAGUCCACAGUAACGCCCUCAAUACCCCAGUCGCAACGCUACUCGGAUCCGCUGAACGGCUUCAGCAAAGACUAUCUAACGAACGCAUCGUCCGCAGCGAACGAAACGUCUAUCACGGUACCGCCGUUCAAGGACUACAUCAACAACAUGCAGACCUAUUCGUACCUUCAGCAUUACGAACCGAACCUGACCGUUACCAGCUCGUCGGCGAGCGGUCACACAGCGCCACAGCCCACAUCCAUUACGGCACAGUACAGCUCCAGCACCGACGAAGGAUGUGAGACAGAUCUGGGAGACGAGGAUGUUCAACAAUCAAUCGACAAGUCAAUUCAGCGGCUCAACUCCUUCGCCAGCUCUAGCUCGUCCAGUGGAGUCGUCACCAACAUUCAUCCGAAGAGCUUAAGUCAAAAUUUGAGCUGCGAUUCGUCGCGCAGCAACUUUUCGACCUUCGAAAGUCUGGAUCUCAACUUAUCCGAUUGUGCCGAGCUGGCGGGCAGCUUACCGUCCUGUACGGCCACCACGGAAGCGUAUGAAGGUGUAGCGAAAGAUGAAGCUUCAUUUCGUGCCGUCACGAGUUCGGCCUGCAUCAAUCAACCGCAGUGUGUGUACGCGAUGUCGGAUAAGGUGGUUAGUUCGUUCCUGAGAGCCAACACGGUGUACCAGGAUGUGCAUAACGGUGACCAUCGCAGUAUUACCCGUUCGCCUGUUGAUUUCCGUGAGGGUCGACGUGCCAGUGAUGGGCUGGUUACGCAAGGUCUUGUGCACGCAUCGGAGAAUCCGCUCAAUUCUCCGGUUGCGUUCAACAGCCAGCGGUUGAAUGAAACGUGCAAGGCGAAAGGUGUGCUGGAGCUUCAUCUGCUGCAAAAGGAGGCGGCCCAGCUGAAGGUGAAGUAUCAGGCGAACGUGCCGCAGGACGAGCUCAAUGUGCGCCAGCUACAGCACAGCCAGUUCCGGGUGAAUCCGCUCGAGGGUCUCAUCCUGAAGUCGUUGUCGGCCUCAUCGCACAGCAGCGCCUGUCUCGACCCGUCGAACGGUGGCAAUGCCGGCUACUACAACAAGGUGGCCGACUACGUUGGGCUAUCGCUGGGCAUGAAGGCGGCAACGGUGGCGGCUGCAGGCGGUACCGACCAGCAGAUGGGGAAGCUCGAGGCGGAGCAGCUACUGCUGCGGGCAGGCGUCGCUCGCUCGGACCAGCUAAGUGCUGCCGCCGUACAGCAGCUGCAGCAGAAGCCUCCGCUGCAGCAGCAGCUGAUGCAGCACCGGUUGCUGCAGCAGAAGCGGCAGAUACUGCAGAAGCAGGGUGCGAUGGAGGCGGGCCUGAGCCGCAGACAGAUGCUGCGGCAGCACAGCUAUAAGAUCGCACAGCAAACGCAAAUCCUGCCGCCGCUACCGUACGGUGAGCUGGCCGAAUCGGUUGACGGGGCCGGGUAUCCGACGCUCCAGUCGGUACGCGAAACGGCCAUCCUCGAAACCGAACCGAGCCAGGGUUUGAAAGAUCCGCUAGAUCUUUACACCCAUCUGCACGCGCACCAUUCGCACCUGCACCAUCAGCAGCAGCAGCAGCAGCAACAGCACGCCGCCGCACAUCUGGCGUCCGAUCGGGGCACACUCUGCUCCUGGAGCACGUUGCCGAGUUCGAUGAAAACGUGCCAAAUCAGCGAAGGAACAUCCGCCACGGACAGCCCAUGGAAUGUGGCUGCCCUCUACCACCAGAAUGUGCCGCCCGGCCCGUUAUAUACCACAUCGCAAUGGAUCACACCGCACACGUCCACGAUCCAGCACUCAAUGCAACUGCCCCUGAGUGAAAGCCCCAUACCGGAGCUUGCCGAACAGAUGGAGUCUAUUUGA